AUGCGUAGUAACCAACACAGCGACACGGAAGCGUCUUGCGGUAAAUGACUCUCACUAAUUAGCUGUAGCUUUCAGUUGAACGCUCACUAUUUGACUCCUGCGCAGUGUGCGCACCAAACUGUCUGGGAAAAGUAACUCGAAGGUCUACUUCCCAUAACCAGCGACUUGGAUAGAUUUCACAACCGACACUAGACAAGCCUGACUACUGCACAAUAUGAUGCGGUAGGGAGGACAGUGAUUAGCUUAAAAGGCGGGGGGAAUAGGAAAGUCACGCCUACCGUUUAAAGGGACAUAGUCAUUUCCAAGGAAUGGGGGGGGGUACCUAGUCAGUUGUACAACUUCAUGCGUUCAACUGAAAUGCGUCUACCGCAUUUAAACCAACCCCUCUGAAUCGGGGCGCCCGGGGACAUCCACGGCGCCCGGGGAACCAGUGGGUUAAUUGCCUUGCUCAGGGGCAGAACAACAGAUGUUUUACCUUGUCAGAUCGGGGAUUUGAUCCAACAAACCUUUCGGUUACUGGCCCAACGCUCCUUAUCGCCAUGGUAACUGUCACGAUGUCAAAUUGUUUGACUGUGAUUUAAUUGAUGACAAUGUGACCGUGAUGUAUACCUCACCUGAGCCACGGGCCUGUUCACCCCGGUACCAUCUAGAAGAAGGAGGAGGAAGUAAAUAAAGGUGCAUCAAAGCUGGGACCGAGAGACUGAUAGACAGCUUCUAUCUCCAGGCCACCAGACUGUUAAACGGUCACCACUAGCCGGCCUCCGCCCAGUAUCGUGCCCUGAACCUUUAGACACGGUCACUAUCCGGCUACCACCCAGUACUCUACCUUGCACUUUAGAGACUGCUGGUCACUUUAAUAAUGUUUACAUAUUUUUUUAACGCACUUUGUAUCCUACUGUAUUCUAGUCGUCAUUGGCUCAUCCUAUAUAACUACUGCUGUCCAUACCGUCUAUACACACCAUCCUAUAUAACUACUGCUGUCCAUACUGUCUAUAGACACCAUCCUAUAUAACUACUGCUGUUCAUACUGUCUAUAGACACCAUCCUAUAUAACUACUUGCUGUCCAUACUGUCUAUAGACACCAUCCUUAUAAAUUGCUGUUCAACGUCUAUAACACCAUCCUAUAUAACUACUGCUGUUCAUACUGUCUAUACACACCAUCCUAUAUAACUACUGCUGUUCAUACCGUCUAUACACACCAUCCUAUAUAACUACUGCUGUUCCAUACUGUCUAUACACACCAUCCUAUAUAACUACUGCUGUUCAUACCGUCUAUACACACCAUCCUAUAUAACUACUGCUGUUCAUACUGUCUAUAGACACCACCUAUAAUAUGCGUCCUAUGUCUAGACACUCCUAUAACUACUGCUGUCCAUACCGUCUAUACACACCAUCCUAUAUAACUACUGCUGUUCAUACUGUCUAUAGACACCAUCCUAUAUAACUACUGCUGUCCAUACUGUCUUAGACACCAUCCUAUAUAACUACUGCUGUCCAUACGUCUAUACACCCAUCCUAUAUAACUACUGCUGUCCAUACUGUCUAUAACACCAUCCUAUAUAACUACUUGCUGUCCAUACCGUCUAUAGACACCAUCCUAUAUAACUACUGCUGUCCAUACUGUCUAUAGACACCAUCCUAUAUAACUACUGCUGUCCAUACUGUCUAUACACACCAUCCUAUAUAACUACUGCUGUUCAUACCGUCUAUAGACACCAUCCUAUAUAACUACUGCUGUUCAUACUGUCUAUAGACACCAUCCUAUAUAACUACUGCUGUCCAUACUGUCUAUACACACCAUCCUAUAUAACUACUGCUGUUCAUACUGUCUAUAGACACCAUCCUAUAUAACUACUGCUGUCCAUACUGUCUAUAGACACCAUCCUCUAUACUAACUACUGCUGUUUCAUACUGUCUAUAGACAACCAUCCUAUAUAACUAACUACUGCUGUUCAUACUGUCUAUAGACACCAUCCUAUAUAACUACUGCUGUUCAUACUGUCUAUAGACACCAUCCUAUAUAACUACUGCUGUUCAUACUGUCUAUAGACAACCAUCCUAUAUAACUACUGCUGUUCAUACGUCUAUAGACACCAUCCUAUAUAACUACUGCUGUUCAUACUGUCUAUAGACACCAUCCUAUAUAACUACUGCUGUUCAUACUGUCUAUAGACACCAUCCUAUAUAACUACUGCUGUUCAUACUGUCUAUAGACACCAUCCUAUAUAACUACUGCUGUUCAUACUGUCUAUAGACACCAUCCUAUAUAACUACUGCUGUCCAUACUGUCUAUAGACACCAUCCUAUAUAACUACUGCUGUCCAUACUGUCUAUACACACCAUCCUAUAUAACUACUGCUGUCCAUACUGUCUAUAGACACCAUCCUAUAUAACUACUGCUGUUCAUACUGUCUAUAGACACCAUCCUAUAUAACUACUGCUGUUCAUACUGUCUAUAGACACCAUCCUAUAUAACUACUGCUGUUCAUACCGUCUAUAGACACCAUCCUAUAUAACUACUGCUGUUCAUUACUGUCUAUAGACACCAUCCUAUAUAAACUACAUGCUGUUCAUACUGUCUAUAGACACAAUCCUAUAUACUAACUGCUGUCCCAUACGUGUCUAUACACACCAUCCUAUAUAACUACUGCUGUUUCAUACUGUCUAUAGGGACACCAUCCUAUAUAAAACUACUGCUGUCCAAUCUGUCCGAUAGACACCAUCCUAUAUACUACUGAUGUUUCAAUACUGGUCUAUAGACACCAAUCCUAAUAUAACUCUGCUUGUCCAUACUGUCUAUAGGCACCAUCCUAUAUAACUACUGCUGUUCCUACCUGUCUAUAGACACCAUCCUAUAUAAACUACCUGCUGUUCAUACUGUCCUAUAGGACACCAUCCUAUAUACAGUACUGCUGUUCAUACUGUAUAUAGACACCCAGCCUAUAUAAACUACUGCUGUCCAUACUGUCUAUAGACACCAUCCUAUAUAACUACUGCUGUUCAUACUGUCUAUAGACAUUAUUCACAUACAUAUAUAUUAUUUAUAUUCCGGACCUGCUCUAGAAACAGGCCAGAGUUCCCGACUUGGAAUUCCUAGUUGGAUGACCUUUCAAAACGAAUUUUCCCAAUCGGAGCUCGUUUUUUUCCGAGUUCCCAGUUGUCUUGAACGCACUGAAGUCGGAGAUUUCCGAGUUCCGAGUUCAGAGCUCCCAGUUGUCUUGAACUGGGCAUAAUUUCCUGUAAUUCUAUCCAUUUUGCUAUGGGGUUUUGUACUGUGUAUUUAAAAAUACUGUAUUCUCGACAUAGCUCAUUCUAAUAUUUCUACUAAUUUACAUUGCAUUUUAGUUACACUGUUUAUACACACCGCAUAUUAUAUAAAUACAUUAUUUUUGGAAUGCUGCUAGAUUGCUAUUUGGGCUGUUAUUGGAUUCAUUCCGAAAUGAAUCUAUUUCCUGUUGUUCAUUCAGUUGUUUUAUUUAUCCUGUUUGACAUUUUACUACAUUGUUAGGAGCUAGUAGCAUAAGUUUUUUUUUCUUUUUUCGCUGCACCCGUUAUGACAUCUGCUAGACUGUGUACGCGACCAAUAAGCUUUGAUUUGAUGUGUUUUUUACCAGGAUAUGGUGUGUGUGUGUAUGUGUGUGUUGUGUGUGUGUGUGUGUGUGUGUGUUGUGUGUGUGUGUGUUGUGUGUGUGUGUGUGUGUGUCUCUGUGUGUGUGUGUGUGUUUUUGUCUCUCUGUGUGUGUGUGUGUGUGUAUGUGGGUGUGUGUGUGUGUCUCUGUGUGUGUGUGUGUGUCUCUGUGUGUGUGUGUGUGUUGUGCCAAACAUAUGGCUGCGGUGUCUGAUGUCCUCAGUGUAUCUUAAGGCUUGCAGACAUCACACUGAAUGUGGAACUAGACUUAGUCUGCCGAUCCUUCAGCGCACUGUGUUUUAGGUACCACCCGUUGUAGACGCAAGACUGGUUUCAAGACUGGUUUCAAGACUGGUUUCAAGACUGGUCAUUCAACUGAGACUGCUCUUCUCUGUGUCACGGAGGCUCUCCGCACUGCUAAAGCUAACUCUCUCUCCUCUGCUCUCAUCCUUCUAGACCUGUCUGCUGCCUUUGAUACUGUGAACCAUCAGAUCCUCCUCUCCGAGUUGGGUAUCUCCGACGCUGCUCACUCUUGGAUUGCGUCCUACCUGACCGGUCGCUCCUACCAAGUGGCGUGGUGAGAAUCUGUCUCCGCACCACGUGCUCUCACCACUGGUGUCCCCCAGGGCUAAUUUCUAGGCCCUCUCCUAUUCUCGCUAUACACCAAGUCACUUGGCUCUGUCAUAUCCUCACAUGGCCUCUCCUAUCAUUGCUACGCAGACGACACACAACUAAUCUUCUUCUUUCCCCCUUCUGAUAACCAGAUGGCGAAUCGCAUCUCUGCAUGUCUGGCAGACAUAUCAGUGUGGAUGACGGAUCACCACCUCAAGCUGAACCUCGGCAAGACAGAGCUGCUCUUCCUCCCGGGGAAGGACUGCCCGUUCCAUGAUCUCGCCAUCACGGUUGACAACUCCGUUGUGUCCUCCUCCCAGAGUGCGAAGAGCCUUGGCGUGACCCUGGACAACACCCUGUCGUUCUCCGCUAACAUCAAGGCAGUGACCCGAUCCUGUAGGUUCAUGCUCUACAACAUUCGGAGAGUACGACCCUGCCUUACACAGGAAGUGGCACAGGUCCUAAUCCAGGCACUUGUCAUCUCCCGUCUGGAUUACUGCAACUCGCUGUUGGCUGGGCUCCCUGCCUGUGCCAUUAAACCCCUACAACUCAUCCAGAAUACCGCAGCCCGUCUGGUGUUCAACCUUUCCAAGUUCUCUCACGUCACCCCGCUCCUCCGCACACUCCACUGGCUUCCAGUUGAAGCUCGCAUCUGCUACAAUACCAUGGUGCUUGCCUUUCGGAGCUGUGAGGGGAACGGCACCUCCGUACCUUCAGGCUCUGAUCAGUCCCUACACCCAAACGAGGGCAUUGCAUUCAUCCACCUCUGGCCUGCUGGCCCCCCUACCUCUGCGGAAGCACAGUUCCCGCUCAGCCCAGUCAAAACUGUUCGCUGCUCUGGCACCCCAAUGGUGGAACAAGCUCCCUCACGACGCCAGGACAGCGGAGUCACUUACCACCUUCCGGAGACAUUUGAAACCCCACCUCUUUAAGGAAUACCUGGGAUAGGAUAAAGUAAUCCUUCUACCCCCCCCUUACCCCACCCCAAAGAAAGAAAAAAAAAAAAAACAUAUUGUAAAGUGGUUAUCCCACUGGCUAUAAGGUGAAUGCACCAAUUUGUAAGUCGCUCUGGAUAAGAGUGUCUGCUAAAUGACGUAAAUGUAAUGUAAAUGUAAUUUUUCACUCAAUUCUACAUCUACAAAUCGUUGAGCACUCGGUUCGCAAAUUACGUUCAGAGGUGCUAAGUACUCUCGGCCAGCAAACACUACUGGAGUGUCUAAUCCUUGUAUUGAUAAGUGUGUCUUAUAUUAUGUCUGUGAUCAAUAUCAUCCUUAUGAUGUGAAAGACCCCCACUGUCUCACACACACACACACACACACACACACACACACACACACACACACACACACACACACACACACACACACACACACACACACACACACACACACACACACACACACACACGCUGCUGCUGUGAAAUCACAGACUGACAGAAACACACACACGGAGAGAGACAGACGCACACAUUAAGACAUGUGCUGAUAUCUCACAACUGCAGAGACACAAAGAAACACUAAAACAGACACAACACACACGUUCACACGCAACAUUUUUUUCUCUCAACUUAAAAUCUCUCAAUGACAAGUAGCUGAGCUGUAGUGCAUCUCUAUCCAGCUGACCCCUCUGUUACCCAAACCUCCCUCUGCCUCAUUCAGUCUCACCCCCUCCGUCGACCCCUCCAUUCCUCUCUCUCACUCAAAUCUCUGAGAUCUUGACCUGACAGGGGGAAUAGAGAGACUUAAAGGGUUAUCUCUCCCCUGAGGAAGCUACAUUAGAUAAAGACAGACUCAUAGCUGAAUACUUUGAUGCUCUCUCUCUCUCUCUCUCUCUCUCUCCUCUCUCUCUCUCUCUCUCUCUCUCUCUCUCUCUCUCUCUUUCUUUCUUUCUUUCUCUCUGUCUCGCUCUCAAGCUCUCCUUCUCUUUCAACGCUCUUUCUUUCUCUCUACCUCUCUCUCAUAUUCUCUCUCUCUCAGACACACACAUAUCCCUCGGUGUGUAGUCGUGGUUUAGUGAGCCAUUAUCACACAGGAGGUGCCAAUUAAUUGAUGUCUGCUCUCAGAAUAGAGGAGGGAUAGAGCCGAUCUGCAUACAAAAUGAUCCUAUUACAUCAUAGCACUGGUAUGUCAUACUGUUGGAGGAAGUUUCCAAGGUGUUUGUUGUUCCAUGUAUGAAUCUGUUAUUCAAUGCGUUUCAAUGGGCUAAUAGCAGUAAGGCCAAAUUCAAUGUUUCAUAUAUAUAUAUUUUAUUUUAUUUUUAUUUUAUUUUUUUAUGUACAGUGAAGGAAAAAAGUAUUUGAUCCCCUGCUGAUUUUGUAUGUUUGCCCAAUGACAAAGACAUUAUCAGUCUAUAAUUUUAAUGGUAAGUUUAUUUGAACAGUGAGAGACAGAAUAACAACAACAAAAUCCAGAAAAACGCAUGUCAAAAAAGUUAUAAAUUGAUUUGCAUUUUAAUGAGGGAAAUAAGUAUUUGACACCUCUGCAAAACAUGACUUAGUACUUGGUGGCAUAACCCUUGUUGGCAAUCACAGAGGUCAGACGUUUCUUGUAGUUGGCCACCAGGUUUGCACACAUCUCAGGAGGGAUUUUGUCCCUCUCCUCUUUGCAGAUCUUCUCCAAGUCAUUAAGGUUUCGAGGCUGACGUUUGGCAACUCGAACCUUCAGCUCCCUCCACAGAUUUUCUAUGGGAUUAAGGUCUGGAGACUGGCUAGGACUCUCCAGGACCUUAAUGUGCUUCUUCUUGAGCCUCUCCUUUGUUGCCUUGGCCGUGUGUUUUGGGUCAUUGUCAUGCUGGAAUACCCAUCCACGACCCAUUUUCAAUGCCCUGGCUGAGGGAAGGAGGUUCUCACCCAAGAUUUGACGGUACAUGGCCCCGUCCAUCGUCCCUUUGAUGCGAUGAAGUUGUCCUGUCCCCUUAGCAGAAAAACACCCCCAAAGCAUAAUGUUUCCACCUCCAUGUUUGACGGUGGGGAUGGUGUUCUUGGGGUCAUAGGCAGCAUUCCUCCUCCUCCAAACACGGCGAGUUGAGUUGAUGCCAAAGAGCUCGAUUUUGGUCUCAUCUGACCACAACACUUUCACCCAGUUCUCCUCUGAAUCAUUCAGAUGUUCAUUGGCAAACUUCAGACGGGCCUGUAUAUGUGCUUUCUUGAGCAGGGGGACCUUGCGGGCGCUGCAGGAUUUCAGUCCUUCACGGCGUAGUGUGUUACCAAUUGUUUUCUUGGUGACUAUGGUCCCAGCUGCCUUGAGAUCAUUGACAAGAUCCUCCCGUGUAGUUCUGGGCUGAUUCCUCACCGUUCUCAUGAUCAUUGCAACUCCACGAGGUGAGAUCUUGCAUGGAGCCCCAGGGAGAUUGACAGGUCUUUUGUGUUUCUUCCAUUUGCGAAUAAUCGCACCAACUGUUGUCACCUUCUCACCAAGCUGCUUGGCGAUGGUCUUGUAGUCCAUUCCAGCCUUGUGUAGGUCUACAUCCUUGGAGAGCUCUUUGGUCUUGGCCAUGGUGGAGAGUUUGGAAUCUGAUUGAUUGCUUCUGUGGACAGGUGUAUUUUAUACAGGUAACAAACUGAGAUUAGGAGCACUCCCUUUAAGAGUGUGCUCCUAAUCUCAGCUCGUUACCUGUAUAAAAGACACCUGGGAGACAGAAAUCGUUCUGAUUGAGAGGGGGUCAAAUACUUAUUUCCCUAAUUAAAAUGAAAAUCAAUUUAUAACAUUUUUGACAUUAGUUUUUCUGGAUUUUUUUGUUGUUAUUCUGUCUCCCCCCCCCCCCCCAGCUAAGACUCUUAAGAAUGAAUGACUCUAUUGGGGCAAUUCCACAUGAGACUUACCCCACACAUUUUCUUAUUUCGUUUUUACAACUACUCCUGCACCCAACGCAGCUGUUUUUAUAUUAAUAUCAAAUCAUUUCUGGGUAACAAUUAAGUAUCUUACUCUAAUAGAGUUCAAUUAAAAUGGGGGCAAAAAAUAGCUUUUUAGCAAUAAUUUUGCUAGGACUGUCUGGGAGUGGUCUGAGUGGGGAGGGGAAAACUGAAAACUGGCUGUUAUUGGCAGAGAGGUUUGGAACCUUCUUUUUUAUUGGUCUAUUAACCAAUUUACCUCAUGGUGAUGAAACCAUCGAAAGCUGAAACCGCCGACCACGCAAACCUGCUGAUUAGAAGGUCCUGUGUAGAUUGUAUUUUCAACCAGCAACUAUAAGGAUAUAACACUGAUCAAAUUUGUUCAAACUUUUACAGUGUUCGUUUUAUCAUCCUGGAAAAACCGACGGCUGACUGCACUGUGCCUUUAACACAAGUUGCAUUUGCAUAAUUAUUAAUAUUACAGGAAUAUCCAGGAGUUGCACUUUGUACUGUUGCCAUAGCAAGGCUGCAUGUUUAUGCUGUCUUGUCAACUACUAGGUCGUUGUUUGGCGUAACAAUAACACGGCACAAACAGAUCUGCGACCAGGCUACUUUAGCCUUAGCUCCACAUUAUUUAGCUGAUGUUGGAAUCAUGAGCAGAUAGACCUUUUGAUUGUAGCUAGUUUAGACUCUGUGAAAAGGGUGUAUGAUUUGUAUUUUCUCAGUGAUGUACAUUAAGGCAGUUAGAGAACCAGGGUUUAGGACUCAUCCACUUAGAUUAGUAAGGUCAGCAUCAAUACUGGUACUCCAUCAUCCAUGACCUCUGAUCCCACCAUCAUCCCCUCCCUCUCUCCUGCCCCGAACCCACCAGCCAUCCAUGACCUCUGAUCCCACCAUCAUCCCCUCCCUCUCUCCUGCCCCGAACCCACCAGCUGUGACCAUUAGCCCCACUCAGUCAGGAGCCUGUAGCUGCCUUCUGUUGGUCAGAAUUUGAAAGAUUCAAAGAGGCUCAUCCAAUCCCUGCUCUGACAGCCUGCUGAGAUGAUAUGAUAAUGAGGCCCAUGGUGGGGGGGUACUCCUCCAUUGUGAGUGUGACUGUGGGCGUGUGUGUGUGUGUGUGAGUGUGUGUGUGUGUGUAUGUGUGUAUGCCUGUGUUUGUGAAUGCAUGCAUGUGUGUGUGUUUGUUUGUUUGUUUGUGUGCAUCUGCAGCUUUUUGUUUGUGUCAGAGGCAGGGCCUUCUAGCUCACCUGUCAACAGAGUGAUUGAAAAGAUGCUGUUAGUCACUCACCCCCGUUCACCCAUCGACUGUUAUUGCAUUCUGGGUAGAAUCAAUUCUCACUGAACAGGGUAUCAGCACAGAGAAACAGCACAGACUCUACCCAUGAGAGAGAGAUAAAGACAGAGCGAUAAAGACAGAGAUAUAAAGACAGAGAGAUAAAGACAGAGAGAUAAAGACAGAGAGAUAAAGACAGAGCAUUAAAGACAGAGCGAUAAAGACAGAGCGAUAAAGACAGAGCGAUAAAGACAGAACGAUAAAGACAGAGGGAUAAAGACAGAGAGAUAAAGAGAGAGAUAAAGACAGAGAUAUAAAGACAGAGUGAUAAAGACAGAGAGAUAAAGACGGAGCGAUAAAGACAGAGGGAUAAAGACAGAGGGAUAAAGACAGAGAGAUAAAGACAGAGCGAUAAAAAGAGCGAUAAAGACAGAGAGAUAAAGACGGAGCGAUAAAGAGAGAGAUAAAGACAGAGGGUUAAAGACAGAUGGAUAAAGAGAGAGAUAAAGACAGAGAGAUAACGACAGAGAGAUAACGACAGAGAGAUAAAAAGAGAGAUAAAGACAGAGAGAUAAAGACGGAGCGAUAAAGAGAGAGAUAAAGACAGAGGGUUAAAGACAGAUGGAUAAAGACAGAGAUAACGACAGAGAGAUAACCACAGAGGGAUUACGACAGAGAGAUUACGACAGAGAGAUAAAGACAGAGAGAUAAAGACAGAGAGAUAAAGACAGAGAGAUAAAGACAGAGAGAUAAAGACUGAGUGAUAAAGACAGAGCGAUAAAGACAGAGCGAUAAAGACAGAGCGAUAAAGACAGAGAGAUAAAGAGAGAGAUAAAGACAGAGAUAUAAAGACAGAGGGAUAAAGACAGAGGGAUAAAGACAGAGGGAUAAAGACAGAGGGAUAAAGACAGAGAGAUAAAGACAGAGCGAUAAAGAGAGAGAGAUAAAGACAGAGAGAUAAAGACGGAGCGAUAAAGAGAGAGAUAAAGACAGAGAGAUAAAGACAGAGCAUUAAAGACAGAGCGAUAAAGACAGAGCAAUAAAGACAGAGCGAUAAAGACAGAGCGAUAAAGACAGAGCGAUAAAGACAGAGGGAUAAAGACAGAGAGAUAAAGACAGAGAGAUAAAGAGAGAGAUAUAAAGACAGAGUGAUAAAGACAGAGAGAUAAAGACAGAGCGAUAAAGACAGAGGGAUAAAGACAGAGGGAUAAAGACAGAGGGAUAAAGACAGAGAGAUAAAGACAGAGCGAUAAAAAGAGCGAUAAAGACAGAGAGAUAAAGACGGAGCGAUAAAGAGAGAGAUAAAGACAGAGGGUUAAAGACAGAUGGAUAAAGAGAGAGAUGAAGACAGAGAGAUAACGACAGAGAGAUAACGACAGAGAGAUAAAAAGAGCGAUAAAGACAGAGAGAUAAAGACGGAGCGAUAAAGAGAGAGAUAAAGACAGAGGGUUAAAGACAGAUGGAUAAAGACAGAGAUAACGACAGAGAGAUAACCACAGAGAGAUUACGACAGAGAGAUUACGACAGAGAGAUUACGACAGAGAGAUAAAGACAGAGAGAUAAAGACAGAGCGAUAAAGACAGAGAGAUAAAGAGAGCGAUAAAGACAGAGAGAUAAAGACAGAGCGAUAAAGACAGAGAGAUAAAGAGAACGAUAAAGACAGAGAGAUAAAGACGGAGCGAUAAAGACAGAGGGAUAAAGACAGAGCGAUAAAGACAGAGAGAUAAAGAGAACGAUAAAGACAGAGAGAUAAAGAGAACGAUAAAGACAGAGGGAUAAAGACGGAGCGAUAAAGAGAGAGAGAAAGACAGAGCGAUAAAGACAGAGGGAUAAAGACAGAGUGAUAAAGACGGAGCGAUAAAGAGAGAGAGAAAGACAGAGGGAUAAAGUCAGAUGGAUAAAGAGAGAGAUAAAGACAGAGAGAUAACGACAGAGGGAUAAAGAGAGAGCAAGAGAGAUAGAGAGAUAGACAUAAAGAGAGAGAGAGAGAGAGCAAGAAGGGGGGAGAGAACUCAACAGAGAGAAUGAAAUUACAUAAUAGAGAGUGAGUUUGGAUGGAGAGAGAAUUUUAACAGGAACCAACUUGAUUAAACAGAGGCACGCUGUUGCGUAACUGAUAUUUGGCAGCAAUAACAUAUCUGGCAUUCAAAUAUUAUUCAAGAAUGAAGUUCUUGGCACACACAAACACACACUUGUUGUCAUCUCAAGACUCACAUUCACACUCUCGCCCUCUCUCUCACACACACACACACACACACACACACACACACACACACACACACACACACACACAAACACACACACAAUGUCUUCCCUACCUAUACCUAAAACGCAAAGCCAAACUAAACAGUGAACAACACACCACUGUCCUAGUAACAACACACCGAUGUCCUAGUAACAACACACCACUGUCCUAGUAACAACACACCACUGCCCUAGUAACAACACACCACUGUCCUAGUAACAACACACCACUGUCCUAGUAACAACACACCACUGUCCUAGUAACAACAAACCACUGUCCUAGUAACAACAAACCACUGUCCUAGUAACAACACACCACUGUCCUAGUAACAACACACCACUGUCCUAGUAACAACACACCACUGUCCUAGUAACAACAAACCACUGUCCUAGUAACAACAAACCACUGUCCUAGUAACAACACACCACUGUCCUAGUAACAACACACCACUGUCCUAGUAACAACACACCACUAUCCUAGUAACAACACACCACUAUCCUAGUAACAACACACCACUGCCCUAGUAACAACACACCGCUGUCCUAGUAACAACACACCGCUGUCCUAGUAACAACACACCACUGUCCUAGUAACAACACACCACUGUCCUAGUAACAACACACCACUGUCCUAGUAACAACACACCACUGUCCUAGUAACAACACACCACUAUCCUAGUAACAACACACCACUGCCCUAGUAACAACACACCACUGUCCUAGUAACAACACACCACUGUCCUAGUAACAACACACCACUGUCCUAGUAACAACACACCACUGCCCUAGUAACAACACACCGCUGUCCUAGUAACAACACCCCACUGUCCUAGUAACAACACACCACUGUCCUAGUAACAACACAACGCUGUCCUAGUAACAACACACCACUGUCCUAGUAACAUCACACCACUGUCCUAGUAACAACACACCGCUGUCCUAGUAACAACACACCACUGUCCUAGUAACAACACACCACUGCCCUAGUAACAACACACCGCUGUCCUAGUAACAACACACCACUGUCCUAGUAACAACACACCACUGUCCUAGUAACAACACACCACUGUCCUAGUAACAACACACCACUGUCCUAGUAACAACACACCACUGCCCUAGUAACAACACACCGCUGUCCUAGUAACAACACACCACUGUCCUAGUAACAACACACCACUGUCCUAGUAACAACACACCACUGUCCUAGUAACAACACACCACUGUCCUAGUAACAACACACCGCUGUCCUAGUAACAACACACCGCUGUCCUAGUAACAACACACCACUGUCCUAGUAACAACACACCACUGUCCUAGUAACAACACACCGCUGUCCUAGUAACAACACACCACUGCCCUAGUAACAACACACCACUGCCCUAGUAACAACACACCACUAUCCUAGUAACAACACACCGCUGUCCUAGUAACAACACACCACUGUCCUAGUAACAACACACCACUGUCCUAGUAACAACACACCACUGUCCUAGUAACAACACACCGCUGUCCUAGUAACAACACACCGCUGUCCUAGUAACAACACACCACUGUCCUAGUAACAACACACCACUGCCCUAGUAACAACACACCACUGUUCUAGUAACAACACACCACAAUCCUAGUAACAACACACCACUGUCCUAGUAACAACACACCACUGUCCUAGUAACAACACACCACUGUCCUAGUAACAACACACCACUGUCCUAGUAACAACACACCGCUGUCCUAGUAACAACACACCGCUGUCCUAGUAACAACACACCACUGCCCUAGUAACAACACACCACUAUCCUAGUAACAACACACCGCUGUCCUAGUAACAACACACCACUGUCCUAGUAACAACACACCACUGCCCUAGUAACAACACACCACUGUUCUAGUAACAACACACCACAAUCCUAGUAACAACACACCACUAUCCUAGUAACAACACACCGCUGUCCUAGUAACAACACACCACUGUCCUAGUAACAACACACCACUGUCCUAGUAACAACACACCACUGUCCUAGUAACAACACACCACUGUCCUAGUAACAACACACCGCUGUCCUAGUAACAACACACCGCUGUCCUAGUAACAACACACCACUGUCCUAGUAACAACACACCACUGUCCUAGUAACAACACACCGCUGUCCUAGUAACAACACACCACUGCCCUAGUAACAACACACCACUGCCCUAGUAACAACACACCACUAUCCUAGUAACAACACACCGCUGUCCUAGUAACAACACACCACUGCCCUAGUAACAACACACCACUGCCCUAGUAACAACACACCACUAUCCUAGUAACAACACACCGCUGUCCUAGUAACAACACACCACUGUCCUAGUAACAACACACCACUGUCCUAGUAACAACACACCACUGUCCUAGUAACAACACACCGCUGUCCUAGUAACAACACACCACUGUCCUAGUAACAACACACCACUGCCCUAGUAACAACACACCACUAUCCUAGUAACAACACACCGCUGUCCUAGUAACAACACACCACUGUCCUAGUAACAACACACCACUGCCCUAGUAACAACACACCACUGUUCUAGUAACAACACACCACAAUCCUAGUAACAACACACCACUGUCCUAGUAACAACAACAACUUUUUUUUGUACUUUCUGGAUAUCUACCCAGCUCUAAAUUGUAAACCGUCAAGAGCAUAGAUAUCCGGAAACAUAAAUAGUAAAUAAUUCUAAAACCAUUCCAAAAGUACAAUAAUUAUGAAUAUAUGCUAGACCCAAACUUCCCUUAUUUAUAUAUAGUUUGGUUGUAAGCCCACCUCUUUCAAAAACAAUUCUGAGUACUGUAGGUGUUCACACUUCCCAGGAACCACGAAGUCUGAGCACAGGGGGACGCUCCAGUCCUUCCCAGCUGAAACCUGUAGCAGCUCAGCCGUUGUUGGUGGUGGCACGUCAGAGAGUCUUGGGGUCAUCGGAUCUCAGGAUCAAUCUCCUUGGUAGCCCCAAUUGAGAGGCCAGUCUUCUGAACACUGCUCUCUGUAAGUUCUGGGAUGUCGUUGUAGCCCUUUGCAGUUUGCAAUGAAUAGACACUUCCCCUUUGAGACGUGUUAUUGUAGAGUGUCCUUUAGCUGAAAGAUAAAAUAUUUUGUGAAUAUUUUGUCUAUAUAAUUAACUAUCACACUUGAUUAAACUAAUUGCAUUCUAAACUGAAGACCACGAUUAGUUGAUUAUUGGAGUCAUGUGUUAGCUGGGGCUGGGGCAAAAGUGUGUCACUAAUCAAGCCCCUGAGGACUGGAGUUGACCAUCCCUGAUUUAGAUCAGAGAAAAAACUAGCAAGUUUUAGAAUGUUAUAGGUAUACCCUAUGAUAUACAUUACAGGUAUACCCUACGAUACACGUUUCAGGUAUAUGAUUUCUUAGUGAGAAGAGAAAUACAGUUGCCCUCUCCUCCUUCCAUCUCCACCAAAACAGCUGCGUCACCUGUUCCUUGACACGUAUGUGUGUGUGCUGUGUGUGCUUAUUCGUGUGCGUGCACGAAUGUGUCCCUUCAUGCAUGGUGUGUGCUGAGGUGUAGUCGUCCAAGAGGAGAGAGAUAAAUAUUUACAGGGUCAUCAGAGCGAGACAAACAGUAAAAGAGAGAGAGAGAUACAUAUUUAAGGGGUGAUCAGAGAGAGACAAACAUUAGAAGAGAGAGAGAGAAUGAGUCUUCACCAUCUGUUUGGUUCCUUCUCCUUUUAGUCUAUAUGUCUAUGUUUGAUUACCCUGGGUGGGAGUUAUCCCACUUACUGUCUGUCCAGCACUGGGACUCAUCAUGCUGAGUAAUGUGCAGUCAGUCAUUACUGCCCCCCGGGCGCUCUACGGUCAUCUGUCAGAAUAGAGACUCCCCCCCCUGGUGGCCAGAUAGAGUAACUACCAUCACUGUCUGUCCAGCACUGGGACUCGUCAUGCUGAGUAAUGUGCAGUCAGUCAUUACUGCCCCCCUGGCUCUCUGCAGUCAACUGUCAGCACAUAGAGAGACCCCCUGGUAGUCAGUAACUACCAUCAUAAGCAUUAUAGUUAGAAGUUGCCCAUAAGCACAGAUCUAGGAUCAGAUUAUUUUACUCAAAAUCCUAACCUUGAACAUUACAUUUACAUUUUAGCAGACGCUCUUAUCCAGAGCACCUUACAGGAGCAAUUAGGGUUAAGUGCCUUGCUCAAGGGCACAUCGACAGAUUUUUCACCUAGUCGGCUCGGGGAUUAGAACCAGCGACCUUUUGGUUAUUGGCACAACGCUCUUAACCACUAAGCUACCUGCCGCCCAUUAGAGGGAAUUGAGAAAUGUCUGAACCUGAAUCAGUGGUUGGGAGCUACUUCUACGUAUUUAUUGAGUCAGAUAUCCGGCUGGCCCUGGAAAGCACCAGGGUUGGACCUCUUCCAGGGAUGGAAAUUAAGCUAGCCCAGUAGCCAGAGGUUAGGACUCUUCAGACUAGGUUAGCGGAACAUUUGCCAAACUAGCAUGGCAGCACAGAUUCUGAGCUUUUUUGCUUAUGGAGAAUGUUUACCCGGGCUACUAGAAAUUGCAGUCUGCUAGCCCGGCUGGCUAGUGCCACCAACGUCCUUAAGUUCCGUCCCUGGACCCUUACAUUGACUCUUUGGGUCAGAAGAGUCAGGAUGUGACCCAGAUGUUGUUGUUAUUGUUGCGUGUGGAAGGAAGAGGGAGAUGUGACGCCUACAUGAUAUUGUAGACACGGCACACAUGUCAUUGUGCUUCGUAGUAAACUGGAACAAUCCAAGCCAUAACUCACAUUUACGAAGGAGUCAGAACACAUCCCGAUUCCCUCCUUGAUGGUGAGUUGUUGACACAGGCAGCUGAGCUAGAGACAUCCUCGGAUAACAGUGGUCCGCACGUGUAUACCCACACACACACACACACACACCCACCCACACACACGCACACACACACACACACACACACACACACACACACAUACAAAGGGCUGGGAUCAAAUGGCUUGUUUCAAUCAUGUGGAACUGGAGUCUGCAGCUUCUGAUGUUUGGGUCACAGCAAAUGACUGGCUAGCAUCGACCAAGAUUCAACCAGGGACCUUCCCUAAGAUGUUGCCCUUCAAAGAUAAAUCACAAUGUUCCUCUAACCUUGAAUAGGGCUGAAUUUUUACUUCUAUCAAUUUUUUGUCACCAACAAGUCUAUAAAAAAAACUCUCACUGUCAAUACUGUCAAUGCUGUCAAUACUGUACUCAAACAAAGAACAUUUGAUGGUUCUGUUGAUUCCUCUUCAAUGUCGUCCUGAUCUGAAGAACAAAUAAAGUUAUUUGAUUGAAAUUGAAUAGAAUGGAAUCUAACUAAUUAAUGAUAGUCUGAUUGGCCGAGUGAUUUGCAUUAUUCCAUCUGAAUAGGAAUGUUUUCUGACAUGUUUUGUUAUUCACAUAACUAGUGACAAUACAGAAACAGAGACAGCAAUGAAACAUCUGCUGUCAGAGCUCAGCUAUAUGUGUGUGCGCGUGUGCGUGUGUGUGCGCGUGUGUGCGCGUGUGCGUGUGUGUGCGUGUGUGUGUGUGUGUGUGCGUGUGCGUGUGUGUGUGUGUGUGUGUGUGUGUGUGUGUGUGCGUGAUGAACUGGCAGAGGGUGCGGUCCACCUUGCAUCAUAAUUAGAGUUAAUUGCCUUUUGAAUAGCAGGAGUGUCGGUACAUAUAUCACUUCAGUUUGUCAAAAUAGACAGUGUGUUGUAGACGGUACAUAUAUCACUUCAGUUUGUCAAAAUAGACAGUGUGUUGUAGACGGUACAUAUAUAUCACUUCAGUUUGUCAAAAUAGACAGUUGUAAGGGUUGGUGUGAUGUGAGACCCAGGUGCGGUGCAGGAUAAACAGUUUGCAGUGGGAAAGGAUGGUGAAACAUUCUCCCAGUCCUCUUCUGGAUCAUCCAAAUGCACUCUAGCAAACUUCAGACGGGCCUGGACAUGUACUGGCUUAAGCAGGGGGACACGUCUGGCACUGCAGGAUUUGAGUCCCUGGCGGCGUAGUGUGUUACUGAUGGUAGGCUUUGUUACUUUGGUCCCAGCUCUCUGCAGGUCAUUCACUAGGUCCCCCCGUGUGGUUCUGGGAUUUUUGCUCACCGUUCUUGUGAUCAUUUUGACCCCACGGGGUGAGAUCUUGCGUGGAGCCCCAGAUCGAAGGAGAUUAUCAGUGGUCUUGUAUGUCUUCCACUUCCUAAUAAUUGCUCCCACAGUUGAUUUCUUCAAACCAAGCUGCUUACCUAUUGCAGAUUCAGUCUUCCCAGCCUGGUGCAGGUCUACAAUUUUGUUUCUGGUGUCCUUUGACAGCUCUUUGGUCUUGGCCAUAGUGGAGUUUGGAGUGUGACUGUUUGAGGUUGUGGACAGGUGUAUUUUAUACUGAUAACAAGUUCAAACAGGUGCCAUUAAUACAGGUAACGAGUGGAGGACAGAGGAGCCUCUUAAAGAAGAAAUUACAGGUCUGUGAGAGCCAGAAAUCUUGCUUGUUUGUAGGUGACCAAAUACUUAUUUUCCACCAUAAUUUGCAAAUAAAUUCAUUAAAAAUCCUACAAUGUGAUUUUCUGGAGAAAAAAAAUCUCAAUUUGUCUUUGUCUUCAGUUUGUCAAAAUAGACAGUGUGUUGUAGACGGUACAUAUAUAUCACUUCAGUUUGUCAAAAUAGACUGUGUGUUUGUCACGAUCGUCGAACAGAGAUGAGGACCAAGGCGCAGCGUUGCAGGCAAACAUACUCUUUAAUAGAGACACGAUCAAAACCAACAAAACGAAAACGUGACAGUUCACGGUCUAACACAACAGACUAGAAACAAGAUCUCACAAACUCUGUGGGGAAACAGGCUGCUAAAGUAUGGUUCUCAAUCAGAGACAACAAGCAACAGCUGAAUCACGUUGCCUCUGAUUGAGAACCACACUGGCCAACAUAGAACAACAAUAGUAGAAUGUGAAACCUAGAACAAAACACAUAGACUUUACACACCCUGGCUCAACAUAUUAGAGUCCCCAGAGCCAGGGCGUGACAGUACCCCCCCCUAAAGGCGCGGACUCCGACCGCGCCCACCAAAUAUCACAGGGGAGGGACCGGGUGGGCACUCCGCUUAGGCGACGGAUCCGGCUCCGGGCCUGAUCCCCGCUCCCUCUCCAACCCCCCAAAGUACCCCUGGUCCGGUCUGGCCCCGCUGGCCGGAGCUGGACUAAACACUGGUGGAGCGGAUUGCUCUAGCUCCGGCGUGAAGCAUCUGACCGGUGCCGGACCAGCCACCGGUGGAACAGGCACGGGCCGUGCCGGACUGACGACGCACACCACUGGCUUGGUGUGGGGAGCAGGAGCGGGCCGAGCCGGGCUGACGAAACGCACCACUGACUUGGUGCGGGGAGCAGGAGCGGGCCGGACCGGGCUGACGAAGCGCACCACUGACUUGGUGCGGGGAGCAGGGACGGGCCGUGCCGGGCUGACGAAACGCACCACUGACUUGGUGCGGGGAGCAGGAAUGGGCCGGACCGGGCUGACGACGCGCACCACUGACUUGGUGCGGGGAGCAGGAACGGGCCGGACAGGGCUGACGAAACGGACCACUGACUUGGUGCGGGGAGCAGGAAUGGGCCGGACUGGGCUGGCGACGCCACCGUAGACUUGGUGCGAGUGGCAGGAACAGGCCGGACCGUACUGGGAACACACACCACUGGCCCUACGUGGGGAUCAGGAACAGGCCGGACCGGACUGGCAACACACGCCAGUACCUCUCGCCGUGCCUCUACAUCCUCCUUCCCCCUGGUGACCAGUGACUCCCGUAACCUGGCGGCCUCCUGCUGCCCCGUCGUCCACGGCGUUAGCCCCCCCCUAAAAAAUAUAUGGGCUUCACUCCUACCCGUGGACCAGGUCUCCAUGCUUCUCGCCAGCCUUUCGCCCUUCUGCCUACACGUCAAGCCCCUCUCUUCCUCACCCGGCUUGACCCAGUCGAGGAGGCGCUGGAUAUCCGCUAGGGAUUUCCCUGGCGAUGGCUCCUCGACCCGCUGCUUGGUCCAGUUCAGGUGGGAUCUUCUGUCACGAUCGUCGAACAGAGAUGAGGACCAAGGCGCAGCGUUGCAGGCAAACAUACUCUUUAAUAGAGACACGAUCAAAACCAACAAAACGAAAACGUGACAGUUCACGGUCUAACACAACAGACUAGAAACAAGAUCCCACAAACUCUGUGGGGAAACAGGCUGCUAAAGUAUGGUUCUCAAUCAGAGACAACAAGCAACAGCUGAAUCACGUUGCCUCUGAUUGAGAACCACACUGGCCAACAUAGAACAACAAUAGUAGAAUGUGAAACCUAGAACAAAACACAUAGACUUUACACACCCUGGCUCAACAUAUUAGAGUCCCCAGAGCCAGGGCGUGACAGUGUUGUAGACGGUACAUCCUGGCUCAUCCUGGUGGGAACUAGCAGAGAAAACUGAGCCAGGGAAAAUGGGGAAAUGAGGGCAUAAAUACACAGGUGAAUCAGAUAGACACAGGUGACACCAAUAAGCAGAUAAUUAGUCCCGACUGUGAGUGAGGAGGUGCCUAUGGUUGUCGGAGGAUGACACCUAGUGGGUCGCUCCGGAACUGCGACCCACUCCUGUAACAGACAGUGUUUUGUAGAUGGUACACAUACUGUAUCACCAGUGGUGUAAAGUACUUAAGUAAAAAUACUUUAAAGUACUACUUAAGUAGUUUAAGGGGGUAUCUGUACUUUACUUUACUAUUUAUAUUUUUGACUACUUUUACUUUUACUUCACUACAUUCCAAAAUAAAAUAAUAUACUUUUUCCUCCAUACAGUUUCCCUGACACCCAAAAGUACGUGUUACAUUCUGAAUGCUUAGCAGGACAGGAAAACGUGUCAAGAAAACAUCCCUUGCCAUCCCUACUGCCUCUGAUCUGGCGGACUCACUAAACAUCAGUGACCAUUUUACCAUGUAAAUCUUGGUGGGGCAAACUAAAAAAAAAUACGUUUAGAUGCAUGCCAGCAAAGCCACUACACUACACAACACUUAACAAUACAUUAUUUGCAUGAUGGUGACAAAUGGUGCCGACAAACUGUUAGGGCCUACAUAAAGCUGUCCCAACACCUUACCACCGCUACACCUGGCUAUCAGCGGAGCCUGGUCUGGCAGCGAAACAGUUAAUUCAGCCUCAUUUACUGCCUUUAAAAAAAAAACAUAGCUGAUAUGGCUGACUUGCUUAAACAAAUGUGGUUUCUACUGACAAUUGAGAUGUACAAACUAUGGCAUAAGGGGACGACGAGCGGAUAAGAGGCAAUCCGUAAUUUUGUUUAAGACAUUGAUGAGCGAGCUAGGAUGGACGUAGUCAAUAUAACUACUUAUACAGCGCUUUUGAAAAGUACGGCGACAGAAUUCCGAACAUGGGCCGUUCUUACAGUGUUCUCCCUGCACACCAAGUCAGAACCGUAGGAUAAAUAAAGGGGGAAUAUAAGCAGACAAUGAAAGCUCUUACAAUAUUUGAUGAUGACGUUUCUCUAAAACAGGCUAUAGGCUACAUGUGCACCACCAAGUCAGAACAGUAGGCUAAGUUAUGAGGGGGGAAGGGACCCAAUUAUUAGGGUGAGGCACAUGGGCUACUAACAGCUUAUUACACAACAUACACUUAGUAUUACUUUCUUAGCUACAGUAUACAUAUCCCCCUGGCAUAUUAUUUCAUUUAUGCAGCAGCAUAUAAUACAUUUAUUUUAUUAUAAUUAUUUAUAAUUUUUUUGUGUGUAAUUUUUACCCCCUUUUUCUCCCCAAUUUCGUGAUUACGAUCUUGUCUCAUCGCUGCAACUCACCAACAGGCUCGGGAGAGGCGAAGGUCGAGUCAUGCGUCCUCCGAAACAUGACCCACCAAACCGCGCUUCUUAACAAGCGCUCGCUUAACCCGGAAGCUGUAGUGAAGCCGCAACACUGCGAUGCAGUGCCUUAGACCGCUGCGCCACUCGGGAGGCCCAUACGAUACCUUUUUUUGGACUCACCUUGUUGUGCCGUGCUCACUUGAACAGGAAGGUGGCGCAGCGGUCCAGCUUGUGGGCUCUAGAAAGAGGCCCGAAAUUCCGACUUGGAAUUCCGAGUUGGAUGACCGUUCAAAAUUAUUUUCCAAGUCGGAGCUAGUUUUAUCCGAGUUCCCAGUUGUGUUGAACUCACUGGAGUCUGAGAUUUCCCAGAUCUGAGCUUCCAGUUGUUUUGAACGCGGCAGAAGUCAUGCUGGAUUGACAGCAUGACCAAUGUAUUCAAACUUUUCCAGCCCAUGGCGUUACCCCUUUUUUCGUGACAUACUAUUGGUAGUUACGAUCUUGUCUCAUCGCUGCAGUUCCCCUACGGACUCGGCGAAGGUCAAGAGCCAAGCCGCACUGCUUCUUGACACACUGCUCGCUUAACCCGGAAACCAGCCGCACCAAUGUGUCGGAGGAAACACUGUUGAACUGAUGACCGAAGUCGACCGACCAGCCCAACACAAGGAGUUGCUAGAGCACAUUGUUUGCAAACUAAUAUGUGACACGUAUUAAUGCCAAAAUAACAUGCAAAACAAAAACAAAAAAACAAAAAAAGUAUCAAAAGUCAAAGUAGAAGUAUAAAUCAUUUCAAAUUGCUUAUAUUAAGCAAACCAGAAGGCACAAUUUUCUUGUUUUUUUAUUUUAUUUAUGGAUAGCCAGGGGCACACUCCAACACUUCUAUAUCAUUUACAAACACAGCAUUUGUGUUUAUAAUCCAUAUUACAGCUUCAUCGUGCAGAAGAGGUACAAUUGUAACGUUAAAAAGGAAAGAAAAUGCCAUCGAUCAUCAUCUUCGCUAAACACAAAUGCUUUGUUUGUAAAUGACGUAGAAGUGUUGGAGUGUGCCCCUGGCUACCCGUCAAUAAAAUACAAUACAAUAAAAUUGUGCCUUCUGGUUUGCUUAAUACAAGCAAUUUGAAAUGAUUUAUACUUUUACUUUUGAUACAUUAGUAUAUUUAAAACCAAAUACUUUUAGACUUUUACUCAAGUGGUAUUUUACUGGGUGACUUUCACUUUUACUUGAGUCAUUUUCUAUGAAGGUAUCUUUACUUUUACUCAAGUAUGACAAUCGGGUACUUUUUCCACCACUGUGUAUCACUUCAGAUAACCUGUGGUACAUUACCAGCUCUGCAGUUUGGUACCAGGGGCGCGUUCAGCGGGACGCAACGUUUUGGAACGUUCAGAUAGAAAUAUGUUAUGUAGAACAAACAUGUCUGACAUGUAGAACAAAGAGUCAUAUCGGCUCUAUUCAUGGCAUUUCUAUUUGCAACGUUCGACAACGUUUGAACGGGGGGGGGGGGGGGGCCUGACGUGCAGCCUGGUUGCCAGAUCAGUUUGUGCCGACCACUGACAACGACCAUAGAUGGUUGGCUUCGGCUCAACCAGGACAAACGGUAUCUGGGGCUAAGCUACAUGAUCAGGCCCUGUGUUACAAGAACAGAACGCUAGAAGACGAGCCAAGGAGAGUUUGUUUAUCAGCAGCAGAGAUGUACUGUGUGUUCUCCAGACCAGCUGGGUACCGAGAACACAGCAGCUCUCUUUGACACAUAACAACUCUUGUACACUUUAUCUAGCUGGGAAACAGCUCUGACCAUCAGUGUGGGAAAAGAGACUGAUAGAAAACCAUUCCGUCGCAGAUUAUUGUUUUACAAAAGCGUGGUUAGGUCACUUUGGAACGUUUAGGCAGCGUUCGAUGCCUCCUCACAACCUGGUGUGCUUGGCAACAUAUUCAUUGGACCUGUGUAGCAAUUUCUUGAUUGAAAAACUUCUAAAGGCUCGUCCUUCACCUCUCGGCCGACUCUCUCUACUUCCGUUAUCCCACAGACCUCGUCUAUCUCCUUUUAUCUUGUCUGGACAAUGGUUCAACGGUGGUACAACUUUUAGCAAACACUUACGCACGCACACACAGACACACACAUACACUCAUGCACGCACACACACACUCUCUCUCCCAAGUAGGUUUUUGCGUGCGUGCAUCAGUGUAUAUCUGUGUGUGCGAUGCAUUUGUAUGUGUGUGUGUGUGUGGUAGGGUGUCACUGCAGGAAGUCAAGUCAUUUAGAGAAUAUUGUCCUUCGAUAAAGACAACCCCCCCCAUCCCCCCACCCCUUUUCAGCCCCCAACUCCCCAACUCCCCAUCCCCCCACCCCUUUUCAGCCCCCAACUCCCCAACUCCCCAUCCUCCCACCCCUUUUCAGCCCCCAACUCCCCAACUCCCCAUUCUCCCACCCCUUUUCAGCCCCCAACUCCCCAACUCCCCAUCCUCCCACCCCUUUUCAGCCCCCAACUCCCCAACUCCCCAUCCCCCCACCCCUUUUCAGCCCCCAACUCCCCAACUCCCCAUCCCCCCACCUCUUUUCAGCCCCCAACUCCCCAACUCCCCAUCCCCCCACCCCUUUUCAGCCCCCAACUCCCCAACUCCCCAUCCCCCCACCCCUUUUCAGCCCCCAACUCCCCAACUCCCCAUCCUCCCACCCCUUUUCAGCCCCCAACUCCCCAACUCCCCAUCCUCCCACCCCUUUUCAGCCCCCAACUCCCCAACUCCCCAUCCCCCCACCCCUUUUCAGCCCCCAACUCCCCAACUCCCCAUCCCCCCACCCCUUUUCAGCCCCCAACUCCCCAACUCCCCAUCCUCCCACCCCUUUUCACCCCCCCACCCAUUUUCACCCCCCAUACCCCACCCCUUUUCACUCACCCCCAACCCCCAAACCCCCCACCUCUUUUCACUCACCCAUCCCCCCACCCGUUUUCACCCCCCAACCCCCCACCCAUUUACACUCACCCCCCAUCCCCCCACCCCUUUUCACCUCCAACCCCCCAUCACAGAUGUUAUCAGGGAAAGACUGAAAUGAGAAGAGCAUCCUUACUUACAUUAGGUGGAGGUGAGGGGGACAAUUGUUCUAUUGUAAUGCUACUACAGAGGGGGAAGGGGGAGGAGGAUAGAAGGGAUGGGGGAGGAGGAUAGAGAGGAUGGGGGAGGAGGAUAGAGAGGAUGGGGGAGGAGGAUAGAGAGGAUGGGGGGAGGAGGAUAGAGAGGAUGGGAUGGAGGAUAGAGAGGAUGGGAUGGAGGAUAGAUGGGAUGGGGGAGGAGGAUAGGGAGGAUGGGGGAGGAGGAUAGAUGGAAUGGGGGAGGAGGGCAGAGGGGAUGGGGGAGGAGGGCAGAGGGGAUGGGGGAGGAGGAUAGAGAGGAUGGGGGAGGAGGAUAGAUGGAUGGGGAGGAGGAUAGAUGGAAUGGGGAAGGAGGAUAGAUGGAAUGGGGGAGGAGGAUAGAUGGAAUGGGGGAGGAGGAUAUAUGGAAUGGGGGAGGAGGAUUAUGGGAUGGGGGAGGAGGAUAGAGGGGAUGGGGGAGGAGGAUAGAUGGAAUGGGGGAGGCGGAUAGAUGGAAUGGGGGAGGAGGAUAGAUGGAAUGGGGGAGGAGGAUAGAUGGAAUGGGGGAGGAGGAUAGAUGGAAUGGGGGAGGAGGAUAGAUGGAAUGGGGGAGGAGGAUAGAGGGGAUGGGGGACGAGGAUAGAUGGGAUGGGGGAGGAGGAUAGAUGGAAUGGGGGAGGAGGAUAGAGGGGAUGGGGAGGAGGAUAGAUGGGAUGGGGGAGGAGGAUAGAGGGGAUGGGGAGGCGGAUAGAGGGGAUGGGGGAGGAGGAUAGAGGGGAUGGGGAGGAGGAUAGAGAGCGAGAGAGAGAGAGAGAGAGAGAGAGAGAGAGACAGAGAGACAGAGAGAGAGAGACAGAGACAGAGACAGAGACAGAGACAGAGACAGAGACAGAGAGAGAGACCAUACCAGAUAGGACCAUUCACCAGAGAGAAGCUCUGAUACUGGGCUGUGAUUCUUCCUGUGUCAGAACAUGUGUCAGUCUCCUCCCUCCCUGCCCUGGAGGGUGAUCAACAUGUGUCAGUCUCCUCCCAUCAGUGAUGGAUGUCUCUCACACCCACACACACACAGGUCAGCAAGACAGUUUCAGUUCACUGAAACAUCAAUAAUUUACAGCUCAUUAACUGUAGAGGAGGGAGGGAGGGAGGGAGAGAGGGAGAGGAGAGGAGAGGAGAGGAGAGGAGAGGAGAGGAGAGGAGAGGAGAGGAGAGGAGAGGAGAGGAGAGGAGAGGAGAGGAGAGGAGAGGAGAGGAGAGGAGAGGAGAGGAGAGGAGAGGAGAGGAGAGGAGAGGGAGAGGAGAGGAGAGGAGAGGAGAGGAGAGGAGAGGAGAGGGGAGGGGAGGGGAGGGGAGGGGAGGUGGAUGAGGUAGGAUAGGAGUGGAGGGAGGGAGGGAGGGAGGGAGGGAGUGAGGGAGGGAGGGAGUGAGAGAGUGAGUGAGUGAGGGACUGAGUGAGUGAGUGAUUGAGUGAGGGAGGGAGGGAGGGAGGGAGGGAGGGAGGGGAGGGAGGGAGGGAGGGAGGGAGGGAGGGAGGCGUGCUCCUGUGCUCCUGUGGCAUGUACUCAUAUUUGUUCAUGAGAUAUACUGUACUCUCUUUUCACAUCUUGUUGUUGAGUAUACCCUGUUCUACUACGACCAUCCCCCUCCCUCCCUCCCUCCCACUAAUGGUUAGGGUUAGCUUCACCCCGCAGCGUCCCUCACUAGCUCCACUGGUCUCAGAAAUGGCCACCUCUGCAGUGUAGUGCAGAAGACAUCUGUCCAGUGGCAGACACUGUAUCCAUCUUUUUCCUGUAUCUCUCUCCAUAUCUACCUGUCACUGUAUCCAUCUCUUCCUGUAUCUCUCCCCAUAUCUACCUGUCACUGUAUCCAUCUCUUCCUGUAUCUCUCCCCAUAUCUACCUGUCACUGUAUCCAUCUCUUCCUGUAUCUCUCUCCAUAUCUACCUGUCACUGUAUCCAUCUCUUCCUGUAUCUCUCCCCAUAUCUACCUGUCACUGUAUCCAUCUCUUCCUGUAUCUCUCCCCAUAUCUACCUGUCACUGUAUCCAUCUCUUCCUGUAUCUCUCCCCAUAUCUACCUGUCACUGUAUCCAUCUCUUCCUGUAUCUCUCUCCAUAUCUACCUGUCACUGUAUCCAUCUCUUCCUGUAUCUCUCCCCAUAUCUACCUGUCACUGUAUCCAUCUCUUCCUGUAUCUCUCCCCAUAUCUACCUGUCACUGUAUCCAUCUCUUCCUGUAUCUCUCCCCAUAUCUACCUGUCACUGUAUCCAUCUCUUCCUGUAUCUCUCCCCAUAUCUACCUGUCACUGAAUCCAUCUCUUCCUGUAUCUCUCCCCAUAUCUACCUGUCACUGUAUCCAUCUCUUCCUGUAUCUCUCCCCAUAUCUACCUGUCACUGAAUCCAUCUCUUCCUGUAUCUCUCCCCAUAUCUACCUGCCACUGUAUCCAUCUUCUUCCUGUAUCUCUCUCCAUAUCUACCUGUCACUGUAUCCAUCUCUUCCUGUAUCUCUCCCCAUAUCUACCUGUCACUGUAUCCAUCUCUUCCUGUAUCUCUCUCCAUAUCUACCUGUCACUGUAUCCAUCUCUUCCUGUAUCUCUCCCCAUAUCUACCUGUCACUGUAUCCAUCUCUUCCUGUAUCUCUCCCCAUAUCUACCUGUCACUGUAUCCAUCUCUUCCUGUAUCUCUCCCCAUAUCUACCUGUCACUGUAUCCAUCUCUUCCUGUAUCUCUCCCCAUAUCUACCUGCCACUGUAUCCAUCUCUUCCUGUAUCUCUCCCCGUAUCUACCUGUCACUGUAUCCAUCUCUUCCUGUAUCUCUCUCCAUAUCUACCUGUCACUGUAUCCAUCUCUCCCCAUAUCUACCUGUCACUGUAUCCAUCUCUUCCUGUAUCUCUCUCCAUAUCUACCUGUCACUGUAUCCAUCUCUUCCUGUAUCUCUCCCCAUAUCUACCUGUCACUGUAUCCAUCUCUUCCUGUAUCUCUCCCCAUAUCUACCUGUCACUGUAUCCAUCUCUUCCUGUAUCUCUCCCCAUAUCUACCUGUCACUGUAUCCAUCUCUUCCUGUAUCUCUCCCCAUAUCUACCUGUCACUGUAUCCAUCUCUUCCUGUAUCUCUCCCCAUAUCUACCUGUCACUGUAUCCAUCUCUUCCUGUAUCUCUCCCCAUAUCUACCUGUCACUGUAUCCAUCUCUUCCUGUAUCUCUCCCCAUAUCUACCUGCCACUGUAUCCAUCUCUUCCUGUAUCUCUCCCCGUAUCUACCUGUCACUGUAUCCAUCUCUUCCUGUAUCUCUCCCCGUAUCUACCUGUCACUGUAUCCAUCUCUUCCUGUAUCUCUCUCCAUAUCUACCUGUCACUGUAUCCAUCUCUUCCUGUAUCUCUCUCCAUAUCUACCUGUCACUGUAUCCAUCUCUUCCUGUAUCUCUCCCCGUAUCUACCUGUCACUGUAUCCAUCUCUUCCUGUAUCUCUCCCCGUAUCUACCUGUCACUGUAUCCAUCUCUUCCUGUAUCUCUCUCCAUAUCUACCUGUCACUGUAUCCAUCUCUUCCUGUAUCUCUCCCCAUAUCUACCUGUCACUGUAUCCAUCUCUUCCUGUAUCUCUCUCCAUAUCUACCUGUCACUGUAUCCAUCUCUUCCUGUAUCUCUCUCUCAGCUCCAGGACUCUUCCUCCAUUAGUUACCAUAUCAGAUCAUUCAGCAUGGCAAGCCGUUAUAUGAAUAAAGCAACUUCGUGUCUCUAUACCUAGCUCUCUGUCAGUCUGAUGGUGUAACCAUGGCAACAGAAUCGGACCAUUUACCAGAGAUUACUGCAAAACUGUGGCCACAGGUGAUGAAGAUUCAUUUGGAUUGUCAGGUAGCCUGUGUGUAGACGUGUACAUGCAUUGUCCUACUUAUAUCUGUUGUUUGUCUCUGCCUAGCAACCCAUGAUACAGUAUAUGAAGUGCUGUUUAACUCUCAUCAACUCAGGGUAAUGAUUCUGUUUUUGACUCGGCCGGAUUAUUACAUGACCCGUCAAGUUAGCCAGGUGUGUCUGGGGGUGAUUACGGCCAUCUAUUGUAUUUCAUGAACAUGUGUCCAUGUCCAGACAAUAGUGACCCAUCCACUUAGCUAGAUGAGGCUUGGAGGUGGUUAUAGCAUUUCUUUCACAUGACCCAUCAAUUUAGACAAAGUGUGUUGGGCAAGCGUCAUCUAAUAAUGAUAAGAUAUUUUUAUCUGGACACUUUCUGUUUUUUUGAUAUUGCUACUAUGCAAGUAACCACUUCACUGUACCAUUUACACCUUCUGUAUCCUGUGCAUGUUUAUUUUUUAUUUUUUAUUUUAUUUUACCUUUAUUUAACUAGGCCAGUCAGUUAAGAACAAAUUCUUAUUUACAAUGACGGCUUACACCGGCCAAACCCGGACGACGCUGGGCCAAUUGUGCGCCGCCCUAUGUGACAAAUAAACUUAAAGAGAUGGGUGGGGCUAAAACCUUAAGAGGGCGUGAACGAUGCUGAAUGGGUGUAGACAAAGAAGAGCUCUGCAGUAGGUUUACCAAAACAUUCAAGGGCCAUUUUCCCAAAAGUGGGAUUACAAGUUUAUCAACUUUCAAAGCAGAAUUACUUCCCCAUUGUUCCUCAACUGCAGUGUAUGAUAUACCAUUUUCUAGCUCUGAGUCUCUACUUUUAUCCAAUGUAAAAAAAAAUAUAAAAAAACAUUUGAAAUAUUGCUACAUAAGACCGAAUCGAGGAGGAUAGAUGGGAUGGGGGAAGAGGAUAGAUGGGAUGGACCGAAAUGUCCACUCGAUGUUGUUGCUAGCACUUGCCCCCAAAAAAGUGUACCGCCUGGGUUAACUUGAUUGAGUUUACAAAAACAGGUAAGAUGUAAAGUGGGAGGAUGAACACACAAGUACACCAUAGAGUGCGUGUAAAAUCUGUGUAAGUACAAUGUAAUUACUAGGUAUUACACAGGAUUCGAGUUAGUUAACAUGAAGUACUUGUAAUUAAUGUGUACUUAUACAGUACAUUACCCAUCCUGAUAACCCUGGCCCUUAUUUUGAGGCUUUCCGGAAGCACCAUCCAAAUGGGAGGAUGAACACACUAGUACACCAUACAGUACUUUAUCAUUACUAGGUGUUACACUGGAUAUACAGUGCAUUCGGGAAAGUAUUCAGACCCCUUGACUUUCUCCACAUUUUGUUACUUUACAGCCUUAUUAUAAAAUCGACGAUUUUUUUUUUUUUUUUUUUUACCUCAUCCAUCUACACACAACACCCCAUAAUGACAAAGCAAAAACAGGUUUUUAGAAAUGUUUGCACAUUUAUUUAAAAAAAAUUGAAAACAGAAAUAUCAUAUUCACAUAAGCAUUCAGACCCUUUACUCAGUACUUUGUUGAUGCACCAUUGGCAGCGAUUACAGCCUCGAGUCUUCUUGGGUAUGAUGCUACAAGCUUGGCACACCUGUAUUUGGAGAGUUUCUCCCAUUCUUCUCUGCAGAUCCUCUCAAGGUCUGUCAAGUUGAAUGGGGGAGUGUUGCUGCACAGCUAUUUUCCGGUCUCUCCAGAGAUGCUCGAUUGGGUUCAAGUCCGGGCUCUGGCUGGGCCACUCAAGGACAUUCUGAGACUUGUCCCGAAGCCACUGCUGUGUUGUCUUGGCUGUGUGCCUACGUUCGUUGUCCUGUUGGAAAGUGAACAUUUGCAAAAAUAUCUAAAAACCUGUUUUCACUUUGUCAUUAUGGGGUAUUGUGUGUAGAUUGCUGAAGAUUGUUUUAUUUUGAUCAAUUUUAGAAUAAGGCUGUAACGUAACAAACUGUGGGAAAAGUCAAGGGGUCUGAAUACUUUCCGAAGGCACUGUAGCUAGUUAAAAGUAAGUGUAGCCUGAGGGGUACUUAAUUAAUGUGUAUCUACAAAGUAUUUUACCUAUCCUGACAAUUAUAUCAUCAGCUUCUGAAAGCUCCAUCCAAGUGGAGAAAAUAAAGACACUAACACACCACAGAGUGCUAGCAUUAAUAGUGCUUACUAACAAUAAAUUAGCUAGUGUUUAGCUACAUUGAAAAGGAACAAACAUUACUCAUAGUGUGUUGACACAAGUAGCUAGCUAGCUGUCUAACGUUAGCAUGAUACCCUGAGAACAAGUGACCCAUCCACAAGUGACCAUCGAGCCCAGCUAACGUUAGUAGCGACCAUAGCAUACAGUGGCUUGUGAAAGUAUUCACCCCCCUUGGCAUGUUUCCUAUUUUGUUGUCUUACAACCUGGAAUUAAAAUAUACUUUUUUGUGGGGGGGGGGGGUUGUAUCAUUUGAUUUACACAACAUGCCUACCACUUUGAAGAUGCAUAAUAUUUUGUAUUGUGAAACAAACAUGAAAUAAGACAAAAAAACAGAAAACUUUGGCGUGCAUAACUAUUCACCCCCCCCCCCCCCCCCCCCCCCCACCAGACAGGAAGGUAUGACCACUCUGACAUGUUACCAAGGUAACCCCAUUACCACCAGACAGGAAGGUAUGACCACUCUGACAUGUUACCAAGGUAACCCCAUUACCACCAGACAGGAAGGUAUGACCACUCUGACAUGUUACCAAGGUAACCCCAUUACCACCACACAGGAAGGUAUGACCACUCUGACAUGUUACCAAGGUAACCCCAUUACCACCAGACAGGAAGGUAUGACCACUCUGACAUGUUACCAAGGUAACCCCAUUACCACCACACAGGCAGGUAUGACCACUCUGACAUAUUACCAAGGUAACCCCAAUACCACCAGACAGGAAGGUAUGACCACUCUGACAUGUUACCAAGGUAACCCCAUUACCACCAGACAGGAAGGUAUGACCACUCUGACAUGUUACCAAGGUAACCCCAUUACCACCAGACAGGAAGGUAUUACCACUCUGACAUGUUACCAAGGUAACCCCAUUACCAUCAGACAGGAAGGUAUGACCACUCUGACAUGUUACCAAGGUAACCCCAUUACCACCAGACAGGAAGGUAUGACCACUCUGACAUGUUACCGAGGUAACCCCAUUACCACCAGACAGGAAGGUAUGACCACUCUGACAUGUUACCAAGGUAACCCCAUUACCACCAGACAGGAAGGUAUGACCACUCUGACAUGUUACCAAGGUAACCCCAUUACCACCAGACAGGAAGGUAUGACCACUCUGACAUGUUACCAAGGUAACCCCAUUACCACCAGACAGGAAGGUAUGACCACUCUGACAUGCUACCAAGGUAACCCCAUUACCACCACACAGGAAGGUAUGACCACUCUGACAUGUUACCAAGGUAACCCCAUUACCACCACACAGGAAGGUAUGACCACUGUGACAUGUUACCAAGGUAACUUCAUUACCACCAGACAGGAAGGUAUGACCUCUCUGACAUGUUACCAAGGUAACCCCAUUACCACCAGACAGGAAGGUAUGACCACUCUGACAUGUUACCAAGGUAACCCCAUUACCACCAGACAGGAAGGUAUGACCACUCUGACAUGUUACCAAGGUAACCCCAUUACCACCACACAGGAAGGUAUGACCACUCUGACAUGUUACCAAGGUAACCCCAUUACCACCAGACAGGAAGGUAUGACCACUCUGACAUGUUACCAAGGUAACCCCAUUACCACCAGACAGGAAGGUAUGACCACUCUGACAUGUUACCAAGGUAACCCCAUUACCACCACACAGGAAGGUAUGACCACUGUGACAUGUUACCAAGGUAACUUCAUUACCACCAGACAGGAAGGUAUGACCUCUCUGACAUGUUACCAAGGUAACCCCAUUACCACCAGACAGGAAGGUAUGACCACUCUGACAUGUUACCAAGGUAACCCCAUUACCGCCAGACAGGAAGGUAUGACCACUCUGACAUGUUACCAAGGUAACCCCAUUACCACCAGACAGGAAGGUAUGACCACUCUGACAUGUUACCAAGGUAACCCCAUUACCACCAGACAGGAAGGUAUGACCACUCUGACAUGUUACCAAGGUAACCCCAUUACCACCACACAGGAAGGUAUGACCACUCUGACAUGUUACCAAGGUAACCCCAUUACCACCAGACAGGAAGGUAUGACCACUCUGACAUGUUACCAAGGUAACCCCAUUACCACCACACAGGAAGGUAUGACCACUCUGACAUGUUACCAAGGUAACCCCAUUACCACCACACAGGAAGGUAUGACCACUCUGACAUGUUACCAAGGUAACCCCAUUACCACCACACAGGAAGGUAUGACCACUCUGACAUGUUACCAAGGUAACCCCAUUACCACCAGACAGGAAGGUAUGACCACUCUGACAUGUUACCAAGGUAACCCCAUUACCACCAGACAGGAAGGUAUGACCACUCUGACAUGUUACCAAGGUAACCCCAUUACCACCACACAGGAAGGUAUGACCACUGUGAGAUGUUACCAAGGUAACUUCAUUACCACCAGACAGGAAGGUAUGACCACUCUGACAUGUUACCAAGGUAACCCCAUUACCACCAGACAGGAAGGUAUGACCACUCUGACAUGUUACCAAGGUAACCCCAUUACCACCAGACAGGACGGUAUGACCACUCUGACAUGUUACCAAGGUAACCCCAUUACCACCAGACAGGAAGGUAUGACCACUCUGACAUGUUACCAAGGUAACUUCAUUACCACCAGACAGGAAGGUAUGACCUCUCUGACAUGUUACCAAGGUAACCCCAUUACCACCAGACAGGAAGGUAUGACCACUCUGACAUGUUACCAAGGUAACCCCAUUACCACCAGACAAAAUGCCGAUAGUCACAGUAUCUGUAUCGGCUGGGAAUGACAAUGAAAGAUGGAAGGUGAACAUUGUUAUAUUAGCAGAACACUGCUUCUAUGGUAUUAUGUAAAGGAUUGUUUAUUCUACAUGGACCUGUUACUACAUUUGAAAAUUAUCAAAACACUUAGUUUAGAAUAUGUACAUAAAUUCAGCAAUUCUCAUAUUACUCUGUAGGCGACUGACCUAUUCAAAGCUUCCUCUGGCUACUCACCAUACAUCUCCCUGUAGUUAUUGAACUCAACCUGCAGGAGGUUUGUUUGUUGUGAUUGAGUUGGGGGAAACAGCUGCAGGCAAGGUUCUGACAGGGACACACCCAAGACACACCCCCAUCAAACCACACCCCCAAGCCAGCUCACGUUUGGCUUCUGUCAUGGCUAAAUCAGGCUAAAUCAGCAGUUGCAGUUCCCUUUAAGUGACAAAAAGAGUCAUAUUAUUGCAGUGGUUUUGUAUUGCCAUCUAGUGUACUUUUACUAAACACUGAGUUUACACUGACGUCGUCCAUGCCCUUCCUGCAAUACUGUAACCUCACCAAUAGGUGUCGGCGAAGUACUACAUAUUACUGCAUUAUCACAUAUCACAGGUAAAGUACUACAGAUUUCUGCAUUAUCGCAUGUCCAACCUGCUUUUAUCAUAGUCAUAUAGGGGCAACUUACUGUCUGUAAACCUUGAUUUGCUGGUUUUCAAUCUAGAUAGACAGCAGUGGGAGAGAUGUCUCUAUAGCCAGAGAGGGAUAUAUGUGUCUAUGGCCAGAGAGGGAGAUAUGUCUCUAUGGCCAGAGAGGGAGAUAUGUGUCUAUAGCCAGAGAGGGAGAUAUGUCUCUAUAGCCAGAGAGGGAGAUAUGUGUCUAUGGCCAGAGAGGGAGAUAUGUCUCUAUGGCCAGAGAGGGAGAUAUGUCUCUAUAGCCAGAGAGGGAGAUAUGUGUCUAUAGCCAGAGAGGGAGAUAUGUCUCUAUGGCCAGAGAGGGAGAUAUGUCUCUAUGGCCAGAGAGGGAGAUAUGUCUCUAUGGCCAGAGAGGGAGAUAUGUCUCUAUAGCCAGAGAGGGAGAUAUGUCUCUAUGGCCAGAGAGGGAGAUAUGUCUCUAUAGCCAGAGAGGGAGAUAUGUCUCUAUGGCCAGAGAGGGAGAUAUGUGUCUAUGGCCAGAGAGGGAGAUAUGUCUCUAUAGCCAGAGAGGGAGAGAUGUGUCUAUGGCCAGAGAGGGAGAUAUGUAUCUAUGAUAGCCUGCGUAUCAGCCUGUUUCUACCUGAACAGGCUAUCAGGCUGGUAUGCAGGCUACUAGGCUGGUACACAUGUUUUCAAGCUGGUACGAAGGCUAUCAGGCUGGUACGCAGACUAACAGGCUGGUAUGCAGGCUAUCAGGCUGGUACGAGGUUAUCAGGAUGGUACGCAGGCUGGUAUGCAGGUUCUCAGGCUGGUACGCAGGCUAUCAGGCUGGUAUGCAGGCUAUCAGGCUGGUAUGCAGGCUAUCAGGCUGGUACGCAGGCUGGUACGAAGGCUAUCAGGCUGGUACGCAGGCUAUCAGGAUGGUACGCAGGCUGGUACGCAGGCUCUCAGGCUGGUAUGCAGGCUAUCAGGCUGGUAUGCAGGCUAUCAGGCUGGUAUGCAGGCUAUCAGGCUUGUACGGAGGCUAUCAGGUAUGGACCAACAGAGAGGGCUGCCUUAUUUCUAGCUCUUAGGAAACUUUGCAGUAUUUUGUUUUUUAAUGUAUUAUUUCUUACGUUAUUAGCCCAAAACAUUGUAUGUGUUAUUACUCGGGAUAUACUGUCCGAGUCGGUCCAGCCAGUUGGGUUCUCAGUUCAUCGCACAGACAGGAAUAAAUAUCUCUCCGGGAAGCAGAAGGGCGGAGGUGUGUGUUUCAUGAUUAACGACUCGUGGUGUAAUUGUAGUAACAUAGAGGAACUCGAGUCCUUCUGUUCACCCGACCUAGAAUAUCUCACAAUCAAAUGCCGACCGUAUUAUCUCCCAAGAUAAUUUUCUUUGGUUAUAGUCACGGCCGUGUAUAUCCCCCCUCAAGUCGAUACCACGACGGCCCUCAAAGAACUUCACUGGACUUUAUGCAAACUGGAACCACAUAUCCUGAGUGUCACGCCCUGGCUCUGGGGACUCUGUUAUGUUGAGCCAGGGUGUGUAGAGUCUAUGUUUUGUGUUUCUAUGUUCAGGAUCUAGUUCAUUGUGUUUCUAGGUUGGCCGGGGUGGUUCUCAAUCAGAGGCAACGAGAAUCAGCUGUUGCUUGUUGUCUCUGAUUGAGAACCAUACUUAGGCAGCCGUUUGGGCAUUUGUGUUUGUGGGAUCAUGUUCCGUGUAAGGUUUGUGUUUAUUACUGAGGACUUCACGUAUCGUUUGGUUUGUUGUUUUGUUCGUGCUAAGUACGUUUAUUAAUUAAAAGAUGUACGCAUAUCACGCUGCGCCUUGGUCCGCUCAUUACGACGAUCGUGACACUGAGGCUGCAUUUAUUGUAGCUGGGGAUUUUAACAAAGCAAAUUUGAGGAAAAGGCUACCGAAGUUCUAUCAACACAUCGACUGUAGUACUCGGGCUGGUAAAACACUCGACCACUGCUACUCCAACUUCCAGGAUGCAUACAAGGCCCUCCCCCGCCCUCUUUUCGGCAAAUCUGACCACGACUCCAUUUUGCUCCUCCCUUCCUAUAGGCAGAAACUCAAACACGAAGUACCCGUGCUAUGGACUAUUCAACGCUGGUCUGACCAAUCGGAAUCUACGCUUCAAGAUUGUUUUGAUCACGCGGACUGGGAUAUGUUCCGGGUAGCUUCAGAGAAUAAUAUUGAUGUAUAUACUAAUACGGUGACUGAGUUCAUCAGGAAGUGUAUAGGACAUGUUGUACCCACUGUGACUAUUAAAACCUACCCUAACCAGAAACCGUGGAUAGAUGGCAGCAUUCGCGCAAAACUGAAAGCGCGAACCAUCGCAUUUAACCAUGACAAGGUGACUGUGAAUAUGGCAGAAUACAAACAGUGUAGUUAUUCCCUCCGCAAGGCAAUCAAACAGGCAAAACGUCAGUAUAGGGACAAAGUGGAGUCGCAAUUCAACGGCUCAGACACGAGACGCAUGUGGCAGGGUCUACAGACAAUCACGGACUACAAAAGGAAAACCAGUAACGUCAAGGACACCGACGUCUUGCUUCCGGACAAGCUAAACAUCUUCUUCGGCCGCUUUGAGGAGAAUACAGUGCAACCGACGCGGCCCGCUACCAAGGACUGUGGGCUCUCCUUCUCCGUGGCCGACAUUUAAGCGUGGUAACCCUCGCAAGGCUGCCGGUCCAGAUGGCAUCCCUAGCCGCGUCCUCAGAGCAUGCGCAGACCAACUGGCUGGUGUGUUUACGGACAUAUUCAAUCUCUCCCUAUCCCAGUCUGCUGUCCCCACAUGCUUCAAGAUGGCCACCAUUGUCCCAGUACCCAAGAAAGCAAAGGCAACUGAACUAAAUGACUAUCGCCCUGUAGCACUCACCUCUGUCAUCAUGAAGUGCUUUGAGAGACUAGUCAAGGAUCAUAUCACCUCUACCUUACCUGCCACCCUAGACCCACUUCAAUUUGCUUACCGCCCCAAUAGAUCCACAGAUGAUGCAAUAGCCAUCACACUGCACACUGCCCUAUCCCAUCUGGACAAGAGGAAUACCUAUAUAAGAAUGCUGUUCAUUGACUAUAGCUCAGCAUUCAACACCAUAGUACCCUCCAAGCUCAUCAUUAAGCUCGAGGCCCUGGGUCUGAACCCCGCCCUGUGCAACUGGGUCCUGGACUUCCUGACGGACCACCCCCAGUUGGUGAAGGUAGGAAACAACACCUCCACUUCGCUGAUCCUCAACACUGGAGACACACAAGGGUGCGUGCUCAGCCCCCUCCUGUACUCACUGUUCACCCAUGACUGCAUGGCCAAGCACGCCUCCAACUCAAUCAUCAAGUUUGCAGACGACACAACAGUAGUAGGCUUGAUUACCAACAAUGACGAGACAGCCUAAAAGGGAGGAGGUGAGGGCUCUGGGAGUGUGGUGCCAGGAAACAACCUCUCAUUCAACGUCAACAAGACAAAGGAGAUGAUCAUGGACUUCAGGAAACAGCAGAGGGAGUACCCCCCCCUAUCCACAUCGACAGGACCGCAGUGGAGAAGAUGCACAAUUGAGAGCAUCCUGUCGGGCUGUAUCACCGCCUGGUACGGCAACUGCACCGCCCGCAACCGCAGGGAUCUCCAGAGAGUGGUCUGCCCAACGCAUCACCGGGGGCAAACUACCAGCCCUCCAAGACACCUACAGCACCCGAUGUCACAGGAAGGUCAAAAAGAUAAUCAAGGACA